AUGAUGACAACAAACUAUAGAACUGGUGUUGAUUUUGAUUUUGUUUUUAAUAUAUCAAUUGUUGGUGAUAGUGGUGUUGGGAAAACGACAAUUUUGCAAAGAUUCGCGCAAAAUACAUUUUCAACAGGCAAUGUAGCGACGAUCGGUUAUGAUGUACAAAUUCGAACAUUAGAAAUCGAUUCUACGCGGUGCAAAUUAGUAAUAUCGGAUCUAGGUGGUCAAGAUAGUUUCAAAUAUGCUCUAUCAUCUUUUUAUCGUAAUGCCAAUGGUAUUGUCAUUUGUUUUGAUAUAAUAAAUUUAGAAAGUUUUCAUAAUGUUAAUAACUGGCUUGAAAAUGUUCAACGAUUGUGCCGUGAACAAACACCUAUAUUUCUUGUUGGUACAAAAUCUGAUUUGAAAUUGAGACGCAAGAUAUCGCAUGAAAUGAUUGAAGCUUAUGCGAAAAAAAAUAAUUUGUCCUAUGUUGAAACAAGUUCAAAAACAAAUGAAAAUGUUGAAGAAUGUUUUGUUCAUUUUACACGAAUUUUAAUGGUUCACAUUCAUCAAAGAGAUGGAUCGACUAUUGAUUUAAAUAAUAGACAAAAAACAGUUACGAAUCUAGAAACUAGUGGAUGCUGA